GUUUUAUUUUCAAUUCGUUUCCCAAUUAUUCCUAGCAUGGAAUCUGCCUUUUCCGCAGCCGCUGCACCGUGGGACGACAUCGCCAUCAAGCAUCCCACUACGACCCCAAGCUCCCAUUCCUGGUCAGUCAUUCCCAGUUCAGAAAAUGUGGCUUGGCUGUAGUCACUACCAAACAGUGGCUUUAAUGUAAAAUGGUAAACGGGAGAGCUUGGAGGGGUAAGGGCUGGUCAUGAUAGCUAUAUUGUACCUCCAUUGUUGGAAACAGCAUCCUUUGAUUACCUGUUUCUGGAACUGCAGGUGAAGAAAAGGACCUUUGCACUCAGGUUCUGCUAAUGGGGUUCCUAUGGGCAUCUAGCUAGCCCUUGUGAAAACAGGAUGCUCAACUAGAUGAGCCUUUGGCCUGAUCCAGGAAGGCUCCUAUAAUCUGUCAAUUAAUGCUAAAUCUCUUACAGAGGAGAAACAUUGAAGCAGCACAGCACAAGGCCAGCUACUACAGAUAGAUGAGAUAUAUUUAUAAAAUCUAGUGAUUUUACUUGCUAUUGUCAAAACUAGUGGGCGUCAGAAAAAGAGAAAGAAACACAUUAUCUAUCAGCCAGGUGUUUGACAGCCUACUGUGACUGUCCUGCAGAGCUGCCAACUUUUCAGCCAUUUAUUGUCAUUCAGCUUUUAACUGCUGCUUGAUGAACAGAUAUCUGUAGAUGAGAAAGUUUAGCCCUGUGUUUUGAAAAGCUUGGCUUGCUGAUUUCUGCACAGCAAACUCCUGUUUCAGGCAAAAGAGCUGGAUAAGACGAUUCCUUUUCCUGAUCAGUUGGCAAUCUUACCAGUCAGGAUUAAAAUGGGAGGUUUAUCAAACACCCGUUGCACUAAUUUCACCUUGGCGGAUCACAAACACUGCAGUUAGCCAAAGCUGCAAAUGUGAGGAUUCCACCAAAAAGUUGCUUCAUAGGUAUGGCCCUCAUUCUGCAAUUACUUGCACAUCUGCUAGAAAUCAGCAUUGAGGUUAGGGCAGGAGGAGGGACCAACUGUGGCUUUGUAUGUGGAAGGCUCCAGCUCCAAUGAACCUGGCAUCUCCAGUUAGAAAGGAGCAGGGAGCAGAUAUGGGGAAUGUGUCAUGCAGUGGUAAAUCAAUCAAAGCAGAGUCUUCAUAAACAGAAUGAAACUGAAAAAAAUAAAGUUGUUCAUAAACAGCAUAGUUAAAGAGCAUACACAGAGUGCUCCUAGCAGCUAUCUGACUCUUCACAGAGGCACAGUCUUAGUUACUGAUUUACUAGAGUCCUGGAGCCACUCUUGUCUGCAACAACACAACACACACACUGGCUGAGACACACAGAGAGACAUUGGCUACUUUUAUAGGGAGAAUGAGUCAUCGCUCAAGAUGAGUCGCGAGUCACUUAGCAGUUAGCAGGCUUGAAUGAUUGUGUAGUCCUUGUAGUCCUUACUGCUUCUGCUCUCAAGAACCUUUGUCUCAUGACAGAAAGAGCCUCCUUGCCAGAAGAACCCAGAGAACCACUGUCAGUCAGAGUAGACAAUACAGGGCUACAAAACCAAAUAGCCUAACCUGGUAGAAGGUAGCUGUGGGAAUGUUCAGGGUGGCAGAAGUGGAUAUAUUGUUUAUUAAUAUUCUUCCUAACUUGCGCUAUCAAGUUCCUUUACUUAGCAGGGUGCAUUCCUCUUUACACAGCAGAAAACUAGUUGCAAACUCAUGUGAGUUUCUUAAGACAAUACGCAAUUCAAUCUGGCUUGUCCAGAUUGAAAUGUGUUCUGAUAUUUUCCUGGUAAGACCCCUUGAAUCCCUCCUAAAAGAAUAAAGACACCACAGUCUUAUUCAUAAGCAAUAAAAAAAAAGUUUACUUGUGAUCAGGCAGAGCACAGUGUGAUCCCUGAAGGCAGGCUUAAGGCUUAAAGCUACAAGCAUAUACAAACAGGUUUACCCCAUAUGUGGGUUGACCUAGUGACUGCAGUUAGCAGUCCGGGAUGCAGUUAGCAGGAUGAAAGGAAGAUGGAAAAGAGAGAGAGUGGUAGCAUGCCUUGUCCUUUUACCAGGUCUGGAAAGGUCACACCUACCCACUAGUCAUAUGCAAGGAAGGAUGCUCCAGGCCAGGAGGAACAGAAAGUUUUUGACUGGCUGGACCAAACAUUCCCUUGCAUGUCCACUCUAGGAAAACAAGGAAUGUUGUACUUGACUGUUCUCAGUGGAUUCCAUCCCACAGUAGCCACUUCCAACCCUCUGCCCACCAAGAGCACAAUCCUACAUGCAUCUAUUUGAAAGGAGGUCUCAUUGAAUUCAAGAACGCUUGCUUCCAGGUAAGUGGGUUUAGGAACACAGUCACAGUAGGGUGGGGAAUGGAGAGCAAAGAUUAAGGUUAUCCCUUAAAAUUGGCAGGCGCCGGAUUUUAAGACCAAGAAAAGGAAACAAAAGAAGAGGCAAAGCCUCAAAAUAGCAUUGGAAAAAUGUUCUUUUUAAAAAAUCAAAUCAAAUAACAGUCCUUGUAAAACAAUAGCACACCCAGCAUGUUUCAGCUGACAACAAUAGCUUCUUCGUGGUACAAGAUGAAAGGUUCUCCUGUCAAGGCAACAGCUUGUUGAGACAAAUAAAAAGGAUUUGUUCACACAACACACAAUCAACCUCCAAAAGCACACUUCCAGAUGACCUGUUUAUUAUGCAUUUUAUCCUGCUUUGAUUGCAGGGAGAUUACUUAGUGUUGGCUAUUUAAGGAGCAUUCAUUCUGAUUUAUCUGCAGGGAGGUGAGAUGACCCUGGUUCCUGCAACACCCAAAUAAUCUGACCUGACAUAAGAAAACUCCUGAUACCUAUUUAAAUUGGCACUGGACCAUAUAUUUUUCCAGAAUGAGGGCCACACAGAGCUAUCAGCCCUAGGGCUUGCUGCUUGCUAAUUAACCAGGGGUUUGGGAUAGGCCCUCCAUAUCACCUGCCCAGAAAUAUGGAGAGACCUCCACAGAAUGUGAGACUGAGAUUUUGAGCGGCUAUAGAGAAGAUUGCUUCCAAAAAUGAAGCGGGUACAGCUCAAUCCCAGCUUUAACCCUUCCUUAAUGUGCAUAACAGAGUCCUGGAGCAGAGCCUUAGCUAAAGUUGUUUUGACUCUCCUUGGCUUCCUUCUCUGGGGAGCUGCUGUGGCUUUAGUCCUUGGUGGUGCGUUUGUAAUCCUCACCUACAGAAGCUACGGAGUCUUCUUUCAGAACAGAUUCUUCCUUGUGCCAGGCUGGCUGGCCAUCAUGGCUGCUCUUCUGCUGGUCCCCACCGGUGCUUUGGCUAUAUGUGCCCCAGUAAAGAACUCUCGCCAUCACCAGGGGACUUUGAUGUACUUUCUGUUGGUCCUUCUCUGCCUAGAGGCAUCCUCAACCAUCAUGACCCAUGUCUACUGUGUCAAAGCGGGCCAUCAACUGAAAAACAGCAUGGACCACUUCUUUCGCCAAUACAACAGAACUGCUCCACAUUACCGUAGCAACAGGGCUGUUGAUGUAAUCCAUAAGCAGCUGAAGUGCUGCGGAAUCAACAACUACACUGACUGGAUGGCAGCGCUGCCAACUCAUCUCCAAGCUGGGCAUGUCUUUGCCCCCGAAAGCUGUUGCAAAGAGGCUUAUUUGGACUGCAGGGGUGACGUAAGCCAGCCGGAGAAGCUGUUUAAGGAAGGCUGUCUUCAGAAACUGGAAGGGAGGCUGCAUUUUGUUAUGGGAUAUAUGGCUUGGUGUUGUAUGGUGGUGGUUUGGUUGGAGAUGCUGGCUGCUCUUAGCAAUGGAAUACUUAUGAAGGAACAGCCAUUCCAAGACUUCCAAAUUCUUGAUUCUGCUGCUUUCUCAUAAGCAACAAAACUAGUCCCUUUCCAUCUUACCUGAAGUUAUUGUGUACUGCUCUCAAAUCUUGAGAUGGCCUUUGUAAAACUAUGGGAAAUAGGAGACUAAAAACUCCUCUUGGUAUAUAAAUGCCAGAUUCUUCUCUCUCUCUCUCUCUCUCUCUCUCUCUCUCUCUCUGACUAAUACUAAAUAAAUGAAUGCAUCUGAAAA